GGAUCAUUUCUGUUCCACUAGUGGUAGUUUCCAUUCGGGGGUCGGAGUUCAUAAAUCCGGAGUGUGCGCCUUGAAGUUGCCGGGUUUUUAAAUUGUGGGAAAGGUGUGAUAACAGUUUUUAGAGUUUAAAAAUGUCAUCAGAUUCCGGCUACGGGCAGCCCGGCGCGGCACAACCAAGCUACGGAAGUUACGGAGCUCCACCGCCCCAGGCCUACCAACAGAGCGCUCAGGGCUAUGGCCAGGGGAGUGAUGGGGCGUCGUAUGGAGGCUACAGACAGUCAGAGGGAUACGGGCAGACGGCUCAGACCUACCCUGGGUACGGGCAGCAGCAGGCUCAGCCCCCAGCUGGGUACGGGCAGCAGCCAGCUCAGCCCCCAGCUGGGUACGGGCAGGGGCAGCAGCAGUCCCAAACCCAGCCAGGGUACGGCCAGCAGCCAGCUCAGCCCCAGCAGGGGUACGACCCGUACGGACCACCGAGCACAGAGUCCACUGGCGGGUACGGGGACAAGUCCUCCUCCUCCUCCUACGGGCAGCAGGGAUCCUACGGCCAGCCCCGCGGGGGUUAUGGGAGACGGACCGACGGGGAUUAUGGGAGUGACGGCAGGAGGCCCAGCGGGGAGGAUGGCGGCUGGGACAGGUCUGAAGGGUUCAGAGGUAGAGGGCGUGGCGGUUACGACCGGGACGGAAAUGGCGGAUCCGGUGUGGGAGGUGGUGACCGUGGUGGCUUCAAAAAUUUCGGUGGCCCCAGAGAUUAUGGGCAAAGAAAUGAUUCAGGAGGCGAUCAGGACAACUCGGACAACAACACCAUCUUCGUGCAGGGGCUCGCGGAGGACGCCAACGCACAGGAAGUGGGCGACUACUUCAAGCAGAUCGGCGUGAUUAAGUUGAACAAGAAGACGGGCAUGCCCAUGAUCAACCUGUACACCGACAAGGCCACGGGCCGGCCCAAGGGCGAGGCCACCGUCUCCUUCGACGACCCCCCCUCCGCCAAAGCCGCCAUAGACUGGUUCGACGGAAAGGAAUUUAAGGGGAAACCCAUCAAGGUGUCCUUCGCCACCCGGAGGGCGGAGUUCACGCAGAGGGGCGGCGGCAGCAGCGGUGGCGGCGGCAGAGGUCGUGGAGGUUACAGAGGUGGGCGUGGUGGUUUUGGUGGGGGUGGAGGCCCUACGUUUGACGUGAAGGGAGGAGACUGGCCCUGUCCUAACAGCUCCUGUGGAAACAUGAACUUCGCCCGACGGUACGAGUGUAACAAAUGCGGAGCACCGAAACCGUCGGACGGGUUUGGAGAUCGUGGUGGGCGUGGCGGGUACGGCGGCGACAGAGGCGGGUUCAGAGGUCGCGGCGGCUUCCGCGGAGGAGACCGCGGGGACCGGGGCGGAUACAAGAUGGGAGGAAGAGGGGAUCACAGAGAAGACCGGAGAGACAGGCCAUACUGAGGGGCAGACUGCUCCUGUUCCGGGGCGGGGUGGGGCGGGGUGGGUUGAGGGGUAGGGUGGAGGUAGGGUGGGGGGUUUGAGCCAUGAUUCUGUACCUUUCCUUGUCACAGCCUCCCCCGCCCCGCCCCUGAUGUGUCUAAGGGUGAAUGCAGGGGUGCAGCUGCUGUGGAAGAACUUUUGGGUGGGGGAGCGAGUUUGUACUUUUCGUUUUGUUUGUUUUUUUUAAUUUCCCUAUUGCUAGCAGGACGUGAGAGACUUGUACAAUACAGAAUUGACAAAAUGCACAUCAUUGUUUUGUAAAAUGGAAAAAUAAAGUGUUUUACUUCA